AUGGAGACGCUAGAGAGAAUUCAACCACACAGGCAAGUGAUGGCCUUUAUUUUGGUAGUGUUCUUGUCCCAGGCUCGCUCGGAGCCCAUUCGUUAUUCUGUGCUGGAAGAAACAGAGAGCGGCUCCUUUGUAGCCCAUCUGAGCGAGGACCUGGGCCUGGGAACUGGGGAGUUGGCUGCCAGGUCCGCCCGGGUGGUGUCUGACAAUGACAAGCAGUGCUUGCUGCUGGAUCAUCAGACAGGAGAUUUGCUUUUGAAGGAGAAACUAGACCGGGAAGAGCUAUGUGGCCCCAUUGAACCGUGUGUAUUGCAUUUCCAGCUGCUGCUGGAUACGCCGGUGCAAUUUUUUGAAGGAGAAUUAUCAGUCCAGGACAUAAAUGACCACUCCCCAGUAUUCCCGACUAGGGAAAUGCUCUUGAAAAUACCGGAAAACAGCCAGCCAGGGACUACUUUUCCCUUGAAAUUAGCUCAAGAUUUGGAUGUGGGCAGCAAUGGUCUUCAAAAGUACACGAUCAGCCCCAAUGCAUAUUUUCAUGUUCUUAUUCGAAAUCAUAGUGAGGGUAAGAAAUACCCAGAUUUGGUGCAGGACAAGGCGCUGGAUCGAGAGGAGCAGCCCGAGUUCAGCUUAACCCUCAUGGCGCUGGAUGGCGGGUCUCCACCUCGGUCUGGCAGCGUCACCGUGAGAAUCCUGGCCAUGGAUGUUAAUGAUAAUGCUCCUGAGUUUGUGCGCACCCCGUAUCAGGUGCAGGUCCUGGAAAACAGUCCCUUAGAUUCUCCGAUCAUUACUGUCUUAGCCAAGGAUAAAGAUGCUGGAAACUUCGGGAGAGUUUCCUAUGGCUUGUUCCAAGCAUCAGAUGAUAUUAAGCAAACUUUCUCAAUAAAUGAAGUCACAGGAGAAAUCCGACUGACAAAGAAAUUGGAUUUUGAACAAAUUAAAUCUUACCAAGUGGACAUUGAAGCUACGGAUGGAGGGGGCCUUUCUGGAAAAGGCACUGUGGUCAUAGAGGUGGUGGACGUGAACGACAACGCCCCUGAACUGUUCAUAUCCUCACUCCUCAGCUCCAUCCCAGAAAACGCUCCUGAGACCAUAGUCUCCAUCUUCCGCAUUCGAGACAGGGAUUCUGGAGACAACGGAAAGAUGAUUUGCUCUAUUCCAGAUAAUCUGCCAUUCCUUCUAAAACCGACUUUCAAGAAUUUCUAUACCCUGGUCACUGAGAGUCCCUUGGACAGAGAAAGCAGAGCCCAGUACAACAUCACCAUCACCGUCACCGACAUGGGGACCCCCAGGCUGAAAACCCAGCACAACAUCACCCUGCUGGUCUCCGACGUCAACGACAACGCCCCCGCCUUCACCCAGCCCUCCUACAGCCUGUCCCUCCGCGAGAACAACAGCCCCGCCCUGCACUUCGGCAGCGUCAGCGCCACAGACAGGGACGCGGGCGCCAACGCCCAGCUCACCUACUCGCUGCUGCCGCCCCGGGACCCGCGCCUGCCCCUGGCCUCGCUGGUGGCCAUCAACGCCGACACCGGCCAGCUGUUCGCGCUGCGGGCGCUGGACUUCGAGGCGCUGCGUGCGUUCGAGUUCGGCGUGGGCGCCACGGACCGCGGGGCGCCCGCGCUGAGCAGCCAGGCGCUGGUGCGCGUGCAGGUGCUGGACGCCAACGACAACGCGCCCUCCGUGCUGUACCCGCCGCACAACGGCUCCGCGCCCUGCACCGAGCUGGUGCCCAGGGCGGCCGAGCCGGGCUACCUGGUGAGCAAGGUGGUGGCGGUGGACGCUGACUCGGGCCAGAACGCCUGGCUGUCGUUCCAGCUGCUCAGGGCCACGGAGCCCGGGCUGUUCGGCGUGUGGGCGCACAAUGGCGAGGUGCGCACGGCGCGGCCGCUGGGCGAGCGCGACGCGGCCAGGCACAGGCUGGUGGUGCUGGUCAGGGACCAUGGCGAGCCCGCGCUGUCCGCCAGCGUCACGCUGCACGUGCUGCUGGUGGACGGCUUCUCGCAGCCCUACCUGCCGCUGCCCGAGGCGGCGGCCGAGCAGGCGCGGGCGGAUCCGCUGACCGUGUACCUGGUGGUGGCGCUGGCGGCGGUGUCGUCGCUGUUCCUGUUCUCGGUGCUGGCGUUGGUGGCGGUGCGGCUGUGCAGGCGGAGCAGGGCGGCCUGGGCGGGUGGCUGCUCUGUGCCUGAGGGCCACCUUCCUGGCCACCUGGUGGACGUGAGCGGUACUGGGACCCUGUCCCAGAGCUACCAGUAUGAGGUGUGUCUGCCGGGAGAUCCUGGGACUGGUGAGUUCAAGUUCCUGAAACCAAUAAUCCCUAGCCUCUUGGUUCAGGACCCUGAGAAAGAACAAAAAGAAAAUCCCGAUUUCCGAAAUAGUUUUGUAUUCAGUUAA